GUAGAAUCCUCACUUCAAUACACCCUCUCUCCCACUUUCUAUAUUUACAUUUUAAUCCUUAAAAAUCUUUGCUUCCAUGCAUGGAUUUCUCCUCCAAAUCCAAAUACAUAUAACCAAUUCAAGAGACAAAAAAAAGUAAUAAAAGAAACAAACAAACGCUACGCUUUCUCAUAAUCGCUCUCAUCACCAACAAACAUCAAGAUAUGGGUUUUGCAAGAUAUGAUGAUUUGAUUCAACUUCUGAUGAUUUGCACUCGAUAAUCUCAUCUGGGUCUUGCUCGUUUUCACCUUUUCAUAACUCAAUUCAGUUUCAAUUUGCUGUUUUUUUUUGUUUUUAUCAAGAAUUUUUUGAUACUGGUUAAUUCUUGAAAUUUUGAGGAUCAACAAUGGAAGAAGAUCAAGAAGUGAUUAAACACGUUUGCAGAAUCUGCUGCAAGAGUUUUCCAUGUGGUAGAUCAUUAGGGGGUCACAUGAGGUCACAUGAUCAUGUGAAAACCAAUGAUCACCAUCAUGAUGUUGAUGAUGAUGAGAGUUUUGUUGUUGCUUCUGCUUCAACAGUGAAGAAAGAAGAAGGUUGUUCUGAAGGGUAUUAUGGUCUUAGAGAGAAUCCAAAGAAAACUUGGAGAGUACUCACUGAUUCAACUAGUGAUGAUCAAGAAGAAACUUUUGAUGUUGUUUUGGACAAAUUGUGCAAAGAAUGUGGUAGAGGGUUUCAAUCUUGGAAAGCUUUAUUUGGUCACAUGAAGUGUCAUUCGAAUAGUAAGAACAACGGUGUUGAAUUGGAUGAACAAGAGUCUAAUACUGCUGAUGCUUCUGUUCUUCCAAAUAGAAAGAGAAGAUCGAAAAGACGAUUGAAAACAAGGUACUUAAAUAGUAACAGUUCUACUUCUGUUGUGAAUUUUGCUGCGAGUUCGGUUUCUGAGAAAGAAGAACAUGAACAAGAAGAGGUUGCUAUGAGUUUGAUGAUGCUUAGUAGAGAUGUUAGGUCUUGGUGUGGUCUCAAUUCUAUUGCUGAAUCUUCUGAUAAUGAAGAUAGUAAAGGAAGUGAUGGAUUGAAGAUGAAGAAAACAAGAGUUUCUGUUAUUGAGAAUGGAAAGGAUAUGAAGAAGAAUAAGGUGGAGAUUGAGGUUGAUUCUGAUUCAGCACUUGAGGUCGAUGUAAGAUCAAAACCAGGUACUAGUAGCACUAGUAAAGGCAAGUAUACUUCAAUGAAGGAAAAGUUUUAUGAUUGUGAAACUAAGGUUUCAUCGGAAGUUGAAAUCGGUGCGAAGAAAUCUCGUAAGAGAGGAAAAUUCGAGUGUGCUACUUGCAACAAGAUUUUUCAUUCAUAUCAAGCUCUUGGAGGUCAUAGAGCUAGUCACAAGAGGAGCAAAGGAUGUUUUGCUUCAAAGAUUGAUCAAAACAGUGACAAUGAAAACAAUGCUGAGUUGGAAAUGGAAGUAGAUACGAAGAUCAAUGUUGCUGAUGAGGGAAGAAUCUUAGAAAGUGAAGUCGUCGUCGAAGAAGUUUCGGAAAUAAGGAACUUCCUUGAUCUUAAUCUUCCUGCUGAUGCAAGUAUUGUUGAUGAAAGAAAUGGCCAUUCUGAGAUUUACACACCAUGGUGGUUAGAUGGAAGUAACUUCAAGCAAGAGGCAAUGGUAGGCCUACUAUCAAACUAGCACUAGCUCGGUUCGGUUCUGUUCGGGUCGAUUCGACUUUUGAGUGAAGAUUUGAAACUGUAUAGAAAUAGAUUUUUUUUUGCUGUUAUUUCAUUAAUUCUUUAGGGGAACCUUGUUCUGAUUUUUGAGCUUAUCUUUGUUCUGCUCUUAUUCUUCUUCAAGUAGUUUGCAUUACAAGGAACUUUUGAUACUGUUUUUUUUUCUCUUUGAAUAUUGUAACUUUUUGGAGAGUGAUAUAUGAUGAUUACUUUGUUCA